UUGCAGGUACUCCCCCCGAUAGCUUCCUGACAACCCGUAUUUUAUCUAGCCAGAAGCACCGCUACAGCUAUCAGUUUCGCGUUCGUCUCUUCUUAGAGCUCGUUUGCAUUUAACUAAUUGCCUAAUAUGUAGUCACAUUGGCAGAAAAUCUCAUCCAAGCAGGGGAUGACCGUUUAUUGCCGAGGGAUGAGAGAGCGCGUGUACGUUGCGUUCGGCGCUGUCGUUAAUUUGGCCGUGUGCUGGCGAGGCAUUUGAUGAGGUAAUUGAAUACCAAAAUUGUAGUAUUGUUGUUAAAGUCAGAACGCCCAUCAAGAAAUAGACGGGAAUUUAUUUCUGAUAUCUUAAUAGGGGAGGAUAGGAACCGAGAAUGGAAAAUCCUUGUACUGCAUUAUAAAGACUCUACAUGAAGUGGAAUAAUUAUCUCGGACAGCGCAUACAUUCCGCUGGUAUUUUUUGUACUACAGAAAACAAUGCAUUGAUCUGGGUUUUUUCAGUGCUGGUUUUUCUUUGAAGCGAAAUGAAGCUGAAAGAGUACUUUGCAAGUGUAAAGGGAGAAAUACAAGAACGCCAUUUUUGGAAGAGUGUUCGUUGUGAAUUUUUGGGAACGUUGUUAUACGUAUUGUUUGGAUGCGCGGCGACGGUCACGUGGGACCGGGAUAAAGUAGACCCCAAUAGGAUUCUACGAAUUAGUUCCAGUUUUGGACUCAUUGAAUUCGUGUUGGUCUCUGCUCUUAGCCACGCUAGUAGUUCACAAUUUAACCCCGCAGUUACUCUUUCCUUGCUCUGCACGAAAUACAUUACCCUGUUCAGAGCAACAUGUUACGUCUUUGUGCAACUUGUUGCUGCGUUGCUAUCCUCUGCUGUCCUUUAUGGACUGGUGCCCGAGUACUCUCGUCAGAAUUUGGCCGUGAACGAGGUUAACCCGGGGGUGUCCCACGCUCAAGCGUUCGGUAUUGAGUUCCUUGGGACCUUCAUAUUUGUGUUUUCUUAUUUCUCGUCCCUAAGAAGGAAAAACGAAAAGCUUGAGCCAAAGGCUCUUCCAUGUGGGGUCUCUAUUGCCGCUGCUCAUCUGUUUGCGGCCGAGGCAACAGUCUGUGGUAUCAAUCCAGCGCGGAGCCUGGCGCCGGCAAUCUUCCAUAAUGCUUGGUCCAACCACUGGAUAUUUUGGAUAGGACCUUUUCUUGGUGGUAUCGUCGGUGCUUUUACAUUCGAAUACACUCGGGACUGUUCGAUAGAGCUGAGAGAUCCGCAGACUGGUACGGCCCACCAACUGGUGUACAGUCUCCACAACAAAGAGGACGUAGCCAGCAGUAUGUCUCUCAACACCGAGGUGCCAGUAGAACAGAACGAGAUCGUAGACGAACUCUAGGAAAAACCUGACUAACUAACUGACAAUAGAACGGUGAUAUAAUUGACGCCGAGAAGGAUAAUUUUCAAGGUCAGAUAGAAUAUUAGAAAAAAAAAUUCCCAAGUAACACAAUUCAGCAAUGACUUUGAUAAGGAUACAUACCAAGGCUGCUUUAAAUCUGAAGUGAAUGUAAGCACAGGGUCGAUUAAUUGUUAAUAAAUAUUUUGUUUCUCUCUGUCUCCCUGGAUCUGUCAAAUUCUUUUACAACCUUUCUAAUAUCUAUAGACUAUAGUAAAUAUGUAUUUUGUACUCUGUGAAUAAAGUUGGA